UGUAGCAGUCGGGAGAGAAGAUGAGCAAUUCGGCUGCUUUGGCACCAUCAUCACGCGCGUCUGCGUUUCUUGUCUUCUCCCUCGUCUGGUUCUCCAGCCAUGUCCUUGCCGCCGGACACCCAGACUACGCCGACGCGCUCGCCAAGUCGUUGCUCUUCUUCCAGGGGCAGAGGUCCGGCCCCCAGCCGGCGGACCAGGCCGUCAAGUGGAGGUCCAACUCCGCCAUGUCCGACGGCUCGGCCGCAAACGUCGACCUCACCGGCGGCUACUACGACGGCGGCGACAACGUCAAGUUCAAUUUCCCCAUGGCGUUCACCGCGACCAUGCUGUCGUGGAGCAUCAUCGAGUACGGCGGGCGGAUGGAGGCGCGCGUUCACGACGCGCGCGCCGCGGUACGGUGGGCGACGGACUACCUCCUGAAGGCAGCCAAGACGACCCCGGGCAAACUCUACGUCGGAGUGGGCGACGCCGACGCCGACCACCGCUGCUGGGAGCGGCCGGAGGACAUGGACACCCCGCGGAAUGUGUACGAGGUGUCGGCGUCCACCCCGGGGUCCGACGUCGCAGGGGAGACCGCGGCCGCGCUCGCCGCGGCCAGCGUGGUCUUCAAGGCCGCCGACCCGGCUUACUCCAGGAGGCUGGUCGCGGCGGCCAGGGACGUGAUGGCGUUCGCUUGGCAGCAUCAGGGGAAGUACAGCGACCACGUCGGCGGCGGCGUGAGCAACUACUACCCGUCCUACUCCGGCUACAAGGACGAGCUCCUAUGGGGAUCUACAUGGCUGCUCUGGGCGACGAAGAACAGCUCCUACCUCAACGACCUCAUGUCCCUCGGCGCCAACGACGGCGUCGACAUGUUCAGCUGGGACAACAAGCUCGCCGGAGCGCGCGUCCUACUGUCACGGGUAACUGAAACACACCAUGCAACCCUUCAAUGCCAAUAUGCCAUCAGGUUCCACCCAGCUAACAAAUUGCAUCCGUCCGGGCAGAGGGCUCUGUUGGACGGGGACAAGAGGCUGGAGCCGUUCACGCGUCAAGCGGAGGAGUUCAUCUGCCGCGUCCUGCCCAAGUCCAGCUCCCCUACGUCGACGACGCCGUACACGCCGGGCGGGCUGAUGCACCGGUCGGGCAACGCCAACCUGCAGUACGUCGCCUCCGCGAGCUUCCUGCUCACCACCUACGCCAAGUACAUGGCCGUCUCCAACCGCGCCUUCUCCUGCCAGAACCUCCCCGUCACCUACAAGGCCCUCAGGGCCCUGGCCAAGAGGCAGGUGGACUACGUGCUGGGCGACAACCCGCUGGGGAUGUCCUACAUGGUGGGCUACGGCGCGCGCUCCCCGCAGAGGAUACACCACAGGGCGUCCUCCAUGCCGUCCGUGGCCGCGCACCCGGCGCACAUCGGCUGCCAGGAGGGUUUCCAGGGCUACCUCUACGCCGGCGGCCCUAAUCCCAACGUGCAUACCGGCGCCGUCGUCGGCGGGCCGGACCAGAACGACGUUUUCCCGGACGACCGCGCCGACUAUGCGCGGUCGGAGCCCACCACGUAUACCAACGCACCCCUCGUUGGUUGCCUCGCCUACUUUGCCGGCAGCUACAAGAAAUGACCACGGCUACCACGUGGAAUCUUUCUACAGUGCUACCUCGGUCUCAAAAUAUAAGACAUUUUUCAGUUUAAUUUUAAACUGAAAAAUCAUCCCCGUCUCUUAUAUUCUCAGACGGAGGUAAUUACUAUUUAGCUGAUCAAAAACAACUUACCGAGGUGUUAAUUAAGCGUUCAGGAAUUAAGUGUUCAGGAAUU